CCUUGCUCACUCCACUCCAUCCGCUCCCUCCCUCCCUCAAGCAAAGUCUGCUCCACUCCAUUCCUUCCUUCCAAGCAACUCCUUCCUUCGUCUUCAUCCGCCCAUCUCUAUUCUAUAUAUCAACAAUCCAAUCCAAUCCAAUCCAAUCCAUCCAUCAAGUAGCUAGCGACCGAAAAUGGAGAAGCAAAUUGACGGCGAAGAUCUGCGUCACCUCUUCGCCUGCACCUUUCUCUUCCACUUCGCCGUCUACAUGGUCCUUCCGGCGAUCACCGACGUCACUAUGGACGCUCUCUGCCCCGGCCAGGACCAUUGUUCCCUCGCCAUCUACCUCAGCGGCGUCCACCAAGCGGUAUCUGGUUUGGGCGCCCUUGUCGUGACUCCUUUGGUGGGCAACUGGUCAGACAAGUACGGUCGAAAGGCUCUGCUCUCCCUUCCCAUGACAGCUGCUAUCAUACCAUUAGUUGUUCUAUCAUCUGGUCGAUCGAAACCCUACUUCUAUGCCUACUACGUGGUUAAGAUGCUGACCGCCAUGUUCUGUGAAGGGAGCAUGCAAUGUCUCACCCUCGCUUACGUGGCGGAUCGAGUCUGCGUGGGAAAGAGGGCGUCGGCCUUCGGCGUACUGUCCGGUAUAUCCCUCUCCGGUUUCGUCUCCGGCACCCUUGUAGCCCGCUUCCUCCCCACCUCCUACACGUUCCAGGUCUCGGCCUCGGUCGCAGGUUUUGCGGCGCUCUACAUGAAGAUCUUUUUGGCGGAAACCGAUGGCGGAGCUUCUCUCGCCGACGAGGAGUCCACCCUGCCGCUCUGCUCCGGCGAAGGUGAGCCGCCUCCCAAGUUGCCUGCUCUUAGGAAUAUUCCGGCAUCGAGUGACAUGAUCGCCUUCCUGAGGAGUAGCAUAACCUUAACAAGAGCUGCAACUGUUGCUUUUUUUACCAAUCUUGCGAACAGUGGUUAUCAAGCAGUCCUAUUGUACUAUCUAAAAGCAAAGUUUCAGUUUAACAAAGAUCAGUUUGCUGACUUGAUGCUGAUCGUUGGCUGUUUAGGAGCCACAUCACAGUUAUUAUUGAUGCCAUUGCUAGCACCUGUUAUAGGCGAGGAGAGACUUUUGAUUAUCGGCCUGCUGGCCACCUGCACACAUAUAUUUCUCUACGGCGUUGCGUGGUCAUACUGGGUCCCUUACUUUGCUGCUGCAUUUGCGGCGUUGAGUGUCUUGGUUGACCCAAGCCUUAGGAGCAUCGUGUCUAAGAAAGUCGGACCUGCUGAACAGGGGAUGGCUCAAGGAUGCGUCACCGGUGUAGCUUCCUUCGCGAGCAUUUUGGCACCGUUCGUCUUCACCCCUCUCACCGCUCUGUUUCUAUCAGACAACGCGCCAUUUUCUUUCAAAGGCUUCAGCGUCACGUGUGCCGGCUUCAUCUCCCUGGUAGCUUUCUCGCUGAGCAUGACACUGAGCAAGAAGACGAUGAGUACGUAGCCCUUCCAGAUAGGACAACCUACCUGUAUAAUGUAAUACUAGUUAGUUAGUUAAUACUGCUCAUGUAUAUUGAUUUUAAGAAAUUACAUGUUGCUGCACUGCAGACUGCAAUAUAUUGUUAGAUAAAAAUGGGAGGAUGAGGGGAUAAGAUGGACAAAGUAGAAUAUAAUAAUUUUUUAGCUACUCAUAAUAAUAUGUAGUCUAUUUAUGAGUUAUUAACAUAACUCAUGAUAAUUCAUUAAUUCUAUAAUUCACUUCACAAACUUAA